GAAUAGAGAAAGAAGGAAAGAAAAAAUAAAUAAAUAAACAAAUGAAAGAAAGCAUUUGCCGAAAUCGUGAAAUUCGCAGACCAAAUUCGAGUGGCCAGAGACAUUCUCGCAACAGAGAAUUGGUGAACUUUUUAGAGUCAUAUUUUUGUAUUUUGGAGUUUCCAAUUAGAAAACAAACUCUCCUUUUCACUCCCCAUCACUUGUACAUUUCACCACCAAGCUUUUGCUUUUGUUCUUUGUUCUUUGUUCUUCAACACUAUCACUAACUUCAACUGAGUUUUGGUUGUUUGGGCUAAAUUUAUUCUCUCUACAACUAAAAAAGCGAUAUAAUCAAUGGGUUGUUAGCUUUUUGGUUAUUCUUUUGCUGGGUUUGUGACGCUUGUCAAAAAAAAAAAUUGCUACCAUUUUUUAUUAGUUGGUUUUUUUGUGACUGUUUUUAAUUGAGAGAAAGGGAGGAUGAUGAACUUGAAAGAAAUUUGGACUAAGAAAACAUUGGUGGGUCUUGCUUUAGGGCAGUUUCUAUCAUUGCUCAUCACUUCUACUGGAUUUUCAUCAAGUGAACUUGCUAAAAGAGGAAUUAAUGCACCGACUUCUCAGUCUUUGCUCAACUAUGUGCUCUUGGCCAUUGUUUAUGGAAGUAUUAUGCUUUAUCGAAGAAAAGCGCUUAAGGCAAAAUGGUAUUAUUAUGUAAUUCUUGCAUUGGUAGAUGUAGAGGCCAACUUUCUAGUCGUGAAGGCCUAUCAGUACACCUCUCUUACGAGUGUUAUGCUGCUGGAUUGUUGGUCAAUCCCAGCAGUUAUGGUUCUCACCUGGCUUUUUUUGCACACAAAGUAUAGAUACAAGAAGAUAGCUGGAGUAGUUGUUUGUGUUGCUGGAUUGGUCAUGGUUGUUUUUUCUGAUGUUCAUGCAGGCGACCGAUCAGGAGGGAGCAAUCCUCGUAAAGGAGAUGCUCUUGUGAUUGCUGGUGCAACGCUGUAUGCUGUCAGUAAUGUCAGUGAGGAAUUUCUUGUUAAGAAUGCAGAUAGAGUUGAACUCAUGUCGCUGCUCGGCAUUUUUGGUGCUAUCAUUAGUGCUAUCCAAAUAAGCAUUCUUGAGCGCAACGAGCUCAAAUCUAUUCACUGGUCAGCUGGCGCAGCUCUUCCAUUUGUUGGAUUUUCAGUGGCAAUGUUCCUGUUUUACUCAUUUGUCCCAGUCCUACUUAAGAUGACUGGGUCAACAAUGCUCAACCUGUCUUUGCUAACAUCAGACAUGUGGUCUGUCUUGAUUCGCAUCUUUGCUUACCAUGAAAAGGUUGAUUGGAGGUACUAUGUUGCAUUUGCUGCUGUUGUUAUUGGACUCGUCAUUUAUUCAGGGGGUGACAAGGAAGAGGACCAACACCGUGCUGAUGUUGCGGAUGAAGAUGCCGAGCGAAGCAAACAUUUCGACGAGGAGGCUGCUUCCGUGAGCCGCAGCCAAGGAAUUUUAGCCGGGAGCUCAAAAUCUGGGGAUAAUAAUAGCAAGCAAGCCUGCUAGCACCGGCAUUCAAGAAAAGCAAGAAAAUGAAAACAAGAACUUGGGAAAAGAUGCCCAAGGGAAGAAAUUAUAGUUCAGAAUCUGCUUUUACAGAUUUGUAAGAGCAUACAAUUAGCUUCUGCUGUUGCUCCAAAAAGUGUGGAUAUCAGCUGCCAUAGGAUAACCAUCAACAAAAAAAAAGGAAUAAAGCAUAUCAUUUUACAGCAUUUAAGAUAGUCAUUGUCAUGUAGUUUUGAAUGUUAGGUAAGAUUUGGUUAGUUUCACCUAACUAAACACGUUGUCUAUUUAGAAAGUGAUUGUUUUCUUUAUCAGCAAUGAGCAUAUGCUAAUACCUUUGAAGUUUA